CUUGUAUAUUCCGCCUCUUUAUGGAGUGUGGAACAAAACACAAUAUUUAUACAAAAGAAAGAGGACAAAUAUGGUAAAACGGGAUAAAACCCAAGCCAUUGAUUCUUCAGUGUUUGAUGAGAUGUUGUUAUAUCUUCCUGAGAAGCUGAGGGACAGGUUAUUACCUUUCCAGAAGGAAGGAAUCCAUUUUGCUCUGGAGAGAGAAGGAAGGUGCAUGAUUGCAGAUGAGAUGGGCCUUGGGAAAACAAUUCAAGCUAUAGCAGUAGCUUAUCACUACAAAAGUGAGUGGCCCUUGUUGAUUGUAGUGCCAUCUUCUUUGAAGUAUCCAUGGAUUGAGGAGUUGGAGAAGUGGAUCCCAGAGCUUUGCCCAGAAGACAUAACUGUGAUUGAAAAUAAAACUGAUGUUGGUAAGAUGUCCUCUUGUAAAGUAACCGUGCUUGGGUAUGGAUUGUUAACUUCCGAUGCUCAGACUCUGAUAGAUGCUCUAUACAAACAACACUUCAGAGUGGUUUUAGUUGACGAGUCACACUACAUGAAGUCAAGAAAUGCAUCACGUAGCAAGCUACUGUCUCCAAUUGUUCAGAAAGCUUCAAGAGCCCUUUUACUCACUGGGACACCAGCACUUGGAAGACCAGAGGAGCUCUAUAUGCAGAUUGAUGCCCUCUUUCCCAGAAUGUUUGGAACUUGGACUGAUUAUGCAAAGAAGUAUUGCAAUGCUCAUGUCAGGUAUUUUGGCAAUAGGACUCAAUGGGAUUACAGAGGAGCCUCCAAUUUAGGUGAAUUACAUCAACGUUUAAGCAGUAUUAUGAUCAGACGGAUGAAGAAUGAAGUUUUAACGCAACUUCCACCUAAAAUCCGUCAGCGUAUUCCAUUUGAUCUUCCCAAAGAGGUUGCUAAGGAAAUGAAUUCCAGCUUUGAAGAAUGGGAGAGAAUGAUGAGGGUUCCAGAUUCGAUAGCCCAUGAAAACAGCAACCCAUUUAUUCAGGUCAUGGGCUUGAUUACUCGAAUGUAUAAACAAACUGCAAUCGCUAAGGCUGGAGCUGUUAAAGACUAUAUAAAAAUGAUGCUGGAAAAUGACAAGCUGAAAUUUCUGGUUUUUGCACAUCACCUUACCAUGCUGCAGGCUUGUACUGAGGCCGUCAUAGAGGGCAAGGUACGGUAUAUUCGGAUUGAUGGAAGUGUUCCUUCCUCAGAAAGAAUUCACCUUGUCCAUCAAUUCCAAAAUGAUCCAGAAACCCGUGUGGCAAUUCUGAGCAUUCAAGCUGCAGGCCAGGGACUGACAUUCACAGCUGCUACUCAUGUUGUCUUUGCCGAACUCUACUGGGACCCUGGUCACAUAAAACAAGCAGAGGAUCGAGCGCACAGGAUAGGACAGAGUAAUUCUGUGCAUAUUCAUUAUCUUAUUGCCAAAGGAACUCUGGACACUCUAAUGUGGGGGAUGCUGAAUAGAAAGGCAAAUGUUACAGGUAGCACACUGAAUGGCAAGAAGGAAAAAAUACAUGCAGAAGAAGAUAAUGAAGAAAAAUGGGACUUUCUUAACUUUGCUAAAUCAUGGACCCCAAAUGAAGGUUUGGAAGACAUGAAAGACGGUCAACUCUUUACACAUUUUGAAAAAGAAAAGCAGCAUGAUAUCCGAUCCUUCUUUUCACCAAAGCCUGAUGCUGAAAAAAAGCGUAAAAGAACAGAUUGUGAUGAAAACCCUGAACUUGCAGAGGAGGAGGAGCAGGUGCAAAGUUCAGACAUUGUGCAAGAAAUAGAAUCUGUAAACCACAAGGGCUCAUUAGACAGCAGCAUUAUUGUGGAUGUGGAUGCACUUUAUCCAGAUGAUGAGUUUGAGCAGCAGUCUAAGCGAUUCCGAACAUUGGAGACCCACACUCCAAAAAACGUCAGUGUGAAGAAAAGGAAGUCUUGGAGCGGAAAACCCUGUGGUUUGUUCUCUUCUCCAAGGGCCCGUGGUCUCUCAGAAAAUACAGUCCUAAAACCACAACCCCCUCCCCUGAUGGAAAAGCAUUGGGAUUGUAGCUCCUGCACUUACAGUAAUAAUUCCCUAUUACCUUACUGUGAAAUGUGUGAGAGCCCUAGAGACCGUAAUGAUUCUGAGAAGAGGAACCAGGCAGUCAGCUCAUACUGCAGUCAAGACGAGAAAGAAAAUCAAAAGCAGAGUGAUGUGUAUAAUGAGCUAUUUGACUGCGAUCAGCAUGAAGCAGGCCCCUCUCCUGCAGGAGAUUUACAGAGGGAUCAUUUAAUAAACAUAGCAAACAACAACUUAGAAGUCCACCCUGGGGAGAAAUCAGAAGCUGCUGAACCAGAGCAUCCUGAAGACUCUGUUUGUUUCCCGGUAUAUGAUGGAUUAAUGUUCUGUGCCAGCAGGCAUACUGAUAGGAUCUAUUUAUAUAACAAGGAUGAGGAGCCACUAAACUGCAAUUUCAUUCCUUUGGAUAUCAAAUUGGAAAUUUGGGAUGAUUUACCUGAAGAACUACAGAAGAAACCAAACCGAUAUUUGAUUUUGAGAUUUUUGAAAGAAUGGAACAGUUUGACAGCCAUGAAACAGAGGAUAAUCCGAAAAAGUGGAGUCAUAUUUAGCAAUCCUGUUAUGGCUUUAGAAGACCUAUCAAAACAGCAGUUAAAGCACAGCAGCACUAAGCGAUAUCUAACCAAAGAAGAUGUUGCUGUUGCCUCAUUAAGCAAAGUUCAGAGCAGUGGCGGCAGUGUGAGGAUUGUCAGCAGGGAUUCCACAUUAUCAGCAAAAGAAAAAAUGCCUUUAAGUGCCGCUGUAGGGUCUCCGGUCAGACUGGAAAAUGGAAAAGAUCAAGUUUCCACUUUGGCUCAGCCUGAAACUGGAGCCGAGAGUUUAGCGCUUAAAGGUUAUGUGCAAGCAGUGGAUAAUGAUGGAAAUCCACUUUGUCUUCAAUGUCAGCACCCAAGUUCUCAGCGUGAAACACAUCUCCUUGCUACAGAUUGGGACACACGUUUUUGUUCUCAAAAAUGCCAGGAUGAUUUCCUAAUCCGGUCUAGCCAAAGUUAUAUGAGGUCUAAGGUGUUUGAAAUAGAGCAUGGCGUCUGUCAGCAAUGCUGUUUAAAUGCCCAUGAACUUUAUUUAAGUGUCAGAGAUGCCCCAAAGAGUCAACGAAAGACUCUUCUAGAUAGCACAUGGAUGGCACAACUUCCAUUGGACCAGUUAAAUGAAUUGAUACGAAAUCCCACUGAAGGACUAUUUUGGCAAGUGGAUCAUAUCAAACCAGUUUAUGGUGGAGGAGGACAAUGUUCUCUGGAAAACCUUCAGACUCUCUGUACCGUUUGUCACAAAGAGAGAACUGCAAAACAAGCUAAAGAAAGGAGUCGGACAAAGAAGCUUUCUACCGCUUCAAAAUAUGGUUCAGAUAUCACAAAAUUUUUUGCCAAGAUCUAAACUUCUUUUUAUAUAACUCACCCUGUGUGUUUGCUAUUAAUAUUUUGAAAAUACAUAUUUUAUAUAUAAAAUAAAGUAAUUGUUUUAUCAGGA